AUUGACCUUUUAGUGCGCGUUAUUUAGAAAAAGGGACGUCACCGCUUCGCGUUUGUGGGAUUGUGUGGUGGAGGAGCGUCGUUUCUCCACUGCACGCAUCUACGGAAGGUACAACCAGUACAAGAUGUUGUCUCGGGGACGAUAAACAGCCUACAGAUCGGUUGUAUGUGAGCAUUGUAAACACUGCAACAGCACUAUUAUUUGGGAUUAUUUUCUUCUCCUGUGCCCGCAAAGAGUCGUACAUCACUUACUGAUGGUGCAGUCAUGACAGAGGAGAGAAAGGAGGAGGAAGACGAAGAAGAUAUAUUUAUUCUGAGUACGGAUCGCGGCCACCAGGGAGAAGAACAAGAUGACGAGAGGGAGGGAGAGGAUAGGGAAAUUGUGGGGAAGAGGGUGUUAGGAGAGGGAGAGGGAAUGAAAAUCAGCCGAGGACAUUUGACUAGAGUUGAAGCCGAAGAAGAAGAGGAUUACUUUGAGGACAAGGUAGAGGAGGAGGAAGAGGAGGAAGGGAAAAGAAAAUUACUGAAACCAACGAGUUGGAGAUGGCAAGAAGAGGGAAAAGGAGAUGAAGAAAGCGACGAACUGCCCUCACCUUCAGGUCUCCCCGGGACCACGCCCCCUGCCGGCAGUCGCUACAUGAAACACGCCCGCAGAGGUCACAAGUACAAGAGAGGGAAGAAGAUGUCUCUUGGUCACGUUCCGAAACUGCGGCACCGAGACGUCAUCACUAGACGACCAAAGUCAAUGGUAGCCCUGCAGUCAGGGAAGACGGAGAAGGAGGAGGGGAGGGGGAGAAGGAACACUGCCCCUGCAAUUGAGAUGAAACGUGAGAGUCGCCAGAGGUCAGGGGGGAGACGACGCAGCAGUGCCGCUACUAGAGGAGGAGAGGGUUCCCAUGGACACUCUGUUGCCGGGGACGACCGCUCACUCCAGAGACGGAAGAAGAAGAGGGAGCAGCAGAGGAUCUCACACGAUCGCGAUGAGAAAACGACCCAGAACCCUUCCAGUCCUCUCACCCCCCAGCAUGCCCCCCUGCCCCUCUCCCCGCACCCCCCUCGACGC